GUUUUAACCGCGCGGGUGAGGAGCGCGUGCCAAACAAGGGACACGCAAGGUGCUCUUCGACCCCAUGACGGGUGGCAGAGUAGCGGAGGGCCGCUUGCAGGUCCUUCAGAUCUACCGCCUGCUGCAGUGCGUCCAUGAAGGGGACAAGGAGCACAUCGAGAAGAUGGUGAACCUCGGGGUGGGAGGCCUCAUCAACCUCACGGAGCCGCGGGACGGCACGGGGGUGCUUCACGUGGCCGUGUCAGCCAACAGUCAGGACUUGGUGGGCUUCCUUCUCUCCUUGGGAGCUCACCCCGACAUCCAGGACAAGAAGGGCCACACCCCGGCCAUGCUCGCUGCUGAGCUGGGCAACGAUAUCAUAAUGUCACUGCUGGCCCAGAACAAUGCUGAUCUGAGACUCCAAGACGCCGAGGGCAAAGGCGUGCUGUUCUACUGCAUCUACCCCACCAAGCGCCACACCCGCUGCCUGCAGGUGGCGCUGAAGAGCCAGGCGGACGUCAACAACGUGUCGGCGGCGGGGACUCACGUCUUCCAGCUGAUGUGUGAAAAGGCCGAGGAGUGCUGCACCAUGUGUCUCAUCGCGCUCAGUGCGGGGGCGGACCCCAACGCGACAGAUAAGAACACCGGAGUCACCUCGUUGAUGGAGGCGGCCAAGCGGGGCUCCCUGCAGCUCGUCAAAGCCAUCCUCAGGAUAGGCGGGAACCCCAACGCCGUGGAUCUGAAACGCCUCGCAGCGGUGCACUAUGCAGCCAUGGGGGGCUUCUUUGAGUUGAUUCAGGUGCUGUCCUCAUACACGGCAGACAUGGGUGUGAUCAACCUCCAGGACUGCACAGCGCUACACUACGCCGCCGCCACGGGCAACGCCAACUGCUGCAAGUUCCUGGCGCAGAGAGGUUGCAACCCCAAGCUGAAGAACCGAGACGGCUUGCUGCCGCGCCAGAUCGCCAAAGACGCCGGUCACAAAGCGGCAGCCAAGGAGCUGAGGAAAGCCGAGCGGCAACGGGGGAAAGGCGACCAGUCCAACAACGCGGGCCUCACUUCCGAUCUGUGGGGCCUGACCCUCCACGACUGGUCUCACGAGUACGAGGCCGAACUCCGGCGAGCCUUCGGGGACGACUCGGAAACCGUCGACGCCGAGACGUUCGCCUCGGUGCUGGAGCACCUGAAGGCUCCGGUUGAGCCGGAUCGGCUCAACGCGGUGAUCUCCGCCCACGACCAGGGAGGACAGGGCCGCCUCAACAUCGCCGAGUUCCUCAAAGGGGCCAAGUACAUCAAGAAGCUGUUCCUCCUCUCCGCUUACAUGCCAAAGAAGAAGAAGGGAGACAGGAAAGGCAAAGGGAAAGGAGGCAAGAAGAAGAAGGGUAAGCUCGUCCUCCCGCUGCCCAUCUGCACCCUCCCCCCGGAGCACAUGCCCCGGCGAGCGGACGGAGGCCCGCCCCGCUUCAUGAUCAAGACUUACGCCAACCGCUCGGACGUCCUCCGAUUCGACCGCCGGCCGGAGCACCCCAUCAUGAACGACUCCGAGUGGUACGUGGAGAAGCCGAAGACGGUCUACGUCAACAUCAACGACUGCGUGAAAAGCGGAGACCUGGAGUCUCUGGACCUCGCUCUCCAUCAGCACGUCCCCGUGGACGUCCAGGACCAGUUCUACAAGACCCCGCUCAUGGUGGCCUGCUCCAGUGGCAACUACGAGGUGGCUCAGUACCUCCUCCGUCAGGGGGCGGACGUGCACGUAUGUGACCAGUUCUUCUGGACGCCGCUCCACCACGCGGCGCACGCCGGCCAAACGGAGCUCGUCGAGCUCCUGGUGGAGGCCGGCGCCUCGGUGGACGCCCGGGCCCUCGGCGGAGCCACGCCCCUCCAGAGGGCCAUCGAGAGCUCUCGGCUCUCCUGCGUGGACGUCCUCAUCAAGGCCGGCGCCAGCGUCAUCGCGGAGAACAAGAAAGAACAAAACUGCCUGGACAUCGCCAUCGCCUUUGCAGACUCCAGGAUCGUCGACCUGGUCAGGGACAAGAUGGAGUCUCUGCCCAAAGCCAAGGAGACGGCAAAGGGAAAGGGGAGCAAAGCUCAAAAGGCUAAACCUGCUCGGGCAAAGGACGCCACCGCCACCGCCGCGUCAGCAGACCCGUCGACUACGGCGGCGGGGAAGACUCCGCCCUCGGGGGAUUCCAGGGGCGUCGUCCUGCAAAACACCCGGAUCACGACGGGGAAAACCAAAACGGUGGACAUCACCUUUGUGCCAAAAACGGUUUGGGGGCAGCCGCCCACCACCAGCCAGCUGAUGUCAACGAUCGAGAGACGGAAGGAGCUCUUGGACCUGGACCUGGUCCUGGACCUGGACCUGGACUUUGACCUGGUGAUGCCUCUCAGCCAGAGCGCGCAGAGGACAGGCUAG